AUGUGGCCGCUGAGGGUCUAUACUCGCAAGAAGCGGGCAGGCCAGAGGCUCAAUGUAACCCCAGCACCAUCGGACUUGGGCGCCCAGGCCAAGAUGGAGGCCGCGCCUGGCCUGAAGGGUAGGAGCAAAGCGCGUGGUUUGCAAAAGAUCCCAGAGAGAGCCGAGAGGAGCCCCCCGGGAGGCAGCGGCUCAGGGCUGGCCAGCAGUCAUUUAAGAGUGACAGGAGAGAAAAGCCUGCGAGAAAGCACCACCAGAGAGGAGGCACUGGCUGCCAAGACCACCGUGCCUGCGGAGUCAGCAAUCGAGGACCUCCAAGUUGAUACUAGUUCAUCAGACAGUGAACUAUUAUCAGGAUUAAGUUUACAGCAUGAUGGUUCCAGCUCUCUCCCGAGCUGUUCAGUCACUGACUCUUACAUGGGAUGUAAGAGCUUCGAACAGAGUCUGAGUAGUGUCUCAUCACCUGAACUGUUCAGAGGAUCAGAUUUAGUGUGGGAGUGCCCCAAGAUGGAAGAGUACAUGGUGUGCAAGAAUUCCACUCUCCUGGAGACCAGUCAUGCAGUAGCAGUGGAGAAGCUGCCAUACUUCUCAGACCUCUCCGCCAUUUUGGGAACUUCUUCAGAAGACUAUCAGAAGUGCUGUGGGAAAAAAGGGAUGGUCUCAGCACACCAAAAUGUUUCUUCAAAAUCAAAGAAUACUUCAAAUGUGAAGUCAGAUAAUGCAACUUGUGAGGCUUUACUUGCUGAGAAAACUUGCCCUUCCGUCUCUGAAAAAGCAAAGGAAAAAAGAACAAAUUCCUCCACUACUGACAAGAAAAGUACAGACUUGUUAACCAGUACUCCAGCUUCAGAGACUGCAAGUUUUGUGAUUGAUUUGUCCUCGAUACAAAAAGCAUCUUCCGAAGAACUGUGUCCAAAUGUUAGCACUUAUGUUAAUUCAAAUGAAAUUGUUCCUGUGUCAAGUUUGCAAGAAGCUUCUUCAAAUGAGUUUCCUUCAAAUGUAUCAGAAGUAUGUUGUAUUAUUAGGGCAUCACCAGGAACUAGACAAGUGAAAAGUAAACGUAUUAUUGUAAAGAAGAAAACAUAUUCUCCUCCCAAAGGUAUUCCUCAAGAUAUUAUAAUAAAAGCAAAUAAGAAGACAUAAUAGCUGUGGCUGAAUUUUCACUUCUUUGAAGAUAUGAAUGUGAAGUUAAAGUCUAUAAAGCAACAUGUCUGCCUGAGAUUAUAUAAAAUUAAAAUUCAGAACUCUCCAGCUAUUUGUAAUACAUGUACAUAAUGAGUUUCUAUUGAGGUUCUUUCCACUUUUAAUGGAUUAAGAAUGAAAAUAUUUUUCAUAUGCUCCUUAAGUGUGUGCAUUUGUGUUAUUAUAUAGGAACCAAAGAGUGGUUACUAGAAGGCUAUGUACUAAGAUGGAUGGUUUUACUAUUUAUAAAG